AAUGUUUAACCUGCAAAUAUGAAACAAAGCCUGUGUUUUUAUUUUUUGGUGCUUUCUUCACCAAAUUUGGUUUUAAUCAAUCAUUCAUCGUUCUGCUCUUUUCCUCCCUGUUGUUUAAAUGACACACCUUGGCCCAAUCCUAGUAAUUCUUUUCCAUAACUAUUGAUGUUAUAAUUUUAACAUCACUCUUCAUUUUCAAACCGGAGAGAAACCCUAGUUUUUUUCUUCUAAUUAUAUGAUAACAACUCAAGUUAUUGUUUUUGUGUGUGAAGCUGGAUCCUCAAGUUUGUAGCUUUGUCACCUUUGAAGCAUAAUCUUGACCUGGGAUGGCGUUUGAAGGCUUUGAUCCUAUCUUUAGCAAACCCAAAGUGGAAUGGACUUGUCGAAGUUCUUCUCCCUUGUGUCCCUUUUUCGUCCAUGUUUAUGCCCCUGAUUCUUCUCACCUUGUAAUUCAUGUCACUAAUAUCUGUGAGGCCUGGGAAGCUCGUCUUUCACUUUCCAUGCUCGAGGACAUUAGGGAUAUUGUUGGAAUAGGGGGAUCCUGGUCAGAGUUUGCCAAUUAUUUUAUAACAUCCCUUAAGUCACAAGAUCUGAAGCUGGUUCUAGAGGCAAAUUCAAAUUCUGAUGCUAGUGUUAGUCAUGCAAAAUUAGUGGCUCAGAAAUCAAAAGGGAUGCCCUUGAUCACCAUUCCCCUUACCAAACUCGUGGACUCCACUGCUACGGAAGUUAAGUUGAAUUUUUGCUCAAGCCUCUUUGAUGCAUUCAAAAUGAAAAGUAUGGAGUGUUCUCUUGUAAAAGAGCAAGAGCACUCUGCCCGGACAAACAUGUUAGCUUCUGAAAAGGAAAGAAUUGAAACCAUUCAGCUGAAACAGAGGCAAAAGUUUCAAAAGAUUAGUGACUUAGACAAUGGUGUUUCUACUGAGGGAUUGCAAAACUCUCCAGACAAGAAAGCAGCUAGGGAUGGAGGUUCUACUAAAGUCAAGAAUCGUAAGGUGCCAGCAUAUCGCAGGACCAAAGUAAGAGGGGCCCUCUUGCAUGAUAAUGGGGAGUGAGUUAUACUCGAGUUCUCAUUAGACCAGUUGCUUAGUAGGAAGUGAAAGAACGAACAAAACGAAGUAGCAUUCCAUUGAAUUUCAGAUGUUUUUGCUUGGCUUAGUACAUGGGGAAAUGUGAUGGGAUGGAAGACUGAGACCAGGGAACAGACGAAGCAAUAGGAUUUGUGUUGUGCUCGUGUAUGUUUUCAACUUUUCAUGGUAAAAGCUGAAAGACACCUUCAAAAAAAGAAAUGUUUUUGGUUGAGAGUUCUCAUAGAAAAGAUAACAUAGUUUGGUUAUGAUUCACUUGAUGACUAAACUCAAGACGGCCAGAGUGAAUUUAAACUGAUCUGACAUUAUAGUGGACAUGCUUGUAUAUACUACAAUUAUUUAAGCGUGCACAAUCUUUUUGGUUAGUGCUUUUGGACACCCGUGUUGUGAAAAAAAAAUGAUUUUUCUUUUCUUAAAA